AUGGAAGAUCACAAACCAGACACGGAGAUAGGAGAGGAGAAGGAUAUACCCAAAGCCCAUGCGACUGAGAUUUUUGAUUCUCACGAUGAGAAAGCGUUGAUGCGCAAAAUUGACUGGCACAUUAUAUGGGCCGUGGUCCUAGCGUGCCAUGGUGCCACGUCUAACUUUGGCGGUCUCAUAUCCCUUCGUGUCUUACUUGGGGUCUUCGAAAGUACAAUUAGUCCUGGUCUGUCCCUGCUCACUGGUGUUUGGUAUAAACGGUCUGAGCAUGCCUCUAGACAUGGAAUCUGGUUUGCAGGAAACAGUGUUUCGUCCAUUUUUGGUGGAUUGUUAACCUAUGGUAUUGGCCAUAUCAACAACUCAGUUGAACCAUGGAGGUGGAUAUUCAUCAUAUUCGGAAUCUUCACCUUUGCAUAUGGAAUUGUGUUCUAUAUUUACCUACCAGAUGGCCCUCGCAACGCCCGUUUCCUUUCUAAAGAGGAAUCAGAGUUCAUUCACCAACGUGCCCAGCGCGAGUCACACACUGCAGUUUCGCACAAAUGGUCAAAAAGUCAAUGUAUCGAAGCAUUUAUGGACCCGAAAACUUGGCUCAUUUUCGUGUACUCCAUGGCGUCCAGCAUCCCCAAUGGAGGUCUCACAAGCUUUGGAAGUAUUGUUAUCGCCGGGUUUGGAUACUCAACAUUCAACACUCUCCUCGUUGGGUUACCUACCUCGGUGUUUACUCUCAUUUGGGUCGUUCUCGCCACGAUAAUCGUUACAAAAUUCCGCAAAUCGCGCUGCCUUACUGCUGCUGCUUUACAGCUGAUCAGUUUGGCUGGCUCUCUUAUGGUCUCUCAAAUUGAUCCCAGCAAGAAAAUUGCUCGGUUGGCUGGAAUGUGGCUUUUCCCUGCAUAUUCCGCCGGAAUUCCUAUUAUCCUGAGUAUUAUUGCGUCUAACGUGGCCGGAUAUACUAAGAGGACGACGGUGACUGCAGUGAUGUUCAUUGGAAAUUGUGCUGGUAAUAUCACUGGUCCUUUCCUCUUCUUCUCCGAUGAAAUGCCAGACUACGGGAGUGCCUGGAUGGGAAUUAUGGUCUCACUGGCUAUUGCCUUUGUCGCCAUUCUUGCUUUGCGUCAGCUAUCCCAGUUCCAAAACCGACAACGCGACCACAGGCAGAAUGUGAAGAUAGAGCCUGAAUCUCGCCAGGACUUUGAAACUGAGGAGGUUGUUGCUCUCGAUCGUGCACUCGAUCAGGAUGAAACCGACUGGGAGAACCAAAACUUCCGCUAUUAUUUGUAG